AUGUUUUUAUGCAAAUUUUUUUUAACGAGUAUACUCAUUAGUGUAAUUUAUGCUAAAAUUUUUAUGAAUAAUUUUACCAAUAGUUUGUUAAAAAAUGUUCAUAUAACGAGUGAUAAAAAUGAAGAUAUACUCAGAACUUCAUAUUCAAAAAUAAAAAGCAGAGUAAAGCAGUAUUAUGCUAAAGAAAAAAAUAGAAUAUUAAAAAAAAAGAAAAAAAAAUUUUCAUUAAAUUACUCAAAAUGCGCAGAAAAAUAUUGUUUUUUAAACUCAUUAAAAUUCACUGAGAUAAAAGAAAACGUAAAAGUUUUAUUUAAUUUAGAUUAUGCAGAAAAUAAUAUUAUUUUUUCAUAUAUAAAAUCAUUUAAGAGAACACCUCCCAUUACAAAAUUUUAUUUAAUAUCUACUUUUUUGUUAAGUGCUUUAAUACAUAUAAACAAAAAUGUUUAUAAAUUAAUUUUAUUUGAUUUCAAUAAAAUAUUUAAAAAGUAUGAAGUGUGGAGACUAUUUUCACCUUAUUUGUAUAUAGGUAAUUUGUACUUACAAUAUAUAUUAAUGUUCAAUUAUUUAAAUAUUUACAUGUCAGCUGUAGAAAUAGCUCAUUAUAAAAAACCAGAAGAUUUUUUAAUUUUCCUUACCUUUGGUUAUUUAUCUAAUAUUAUAUUUACUAUAAUAGGGAGUAUGUAUAAUGAAAACAUAAUGAAUAUGAAAAAAAAUAUACACAAAAUAGUAAAUUUAAUAAUUAAACAAAAAAAUAACGAAAAUAUAGAAAUAAAAAAAGAGAAUUACAAUCAUUUGGGUUAUGUAUUUUCAACAUAUAUACUUUAUUACUGGAGUAGGAUAAAUGAAGGUUCUUUAAUAAAUUGUUUUGAACUAUUUUUAAUUAAAGCAGAAUAUGUUCCAUUUUUUUUUAUUAUACAAAAUAUGUUAUUAUAUAACGAAUUUUCUUUUUAUGAAGUUGCUUCAAUUUUUUCUAGUUAUAUUUUUUUUACUUAUGAAAAAUACAUAAAAUUAGAAUUUUUGAAAUAUAUUUUUCUCAAUUUUCUUAAAUUUAUUCGUGUUUAUAAUAUAUAUGAUAAAUACAAAGAAGAAUACGAAUAA